UCUGACUUCCUCUUUCCCGUUUCAAAACGCCCUUCCCGGCUGGAAUCAAGGUCUCAGCCACCGUUCUCCGCCCGGCUAGGUCGGUUCUGACUGUCGUGCUGUGAAGGGGUGUUCAAGGUUAAUCAACGUUUGAGACACAUACUCGUUCUGCAGUCCGUGACUCUUGUCCUGCCGCAUCUGGUAUCUCCGGAAGAAUGGUCGGUCCGAUCACCAAAGCUGGAAAGUCCAAGAAAGAUAAGAAAAAGAAGAAGAGGGUAUCCGCCCCAUUGAAUGAAGUUCAAAAUUUAGUACAAAAAACCCUAGCCUCCGAUCAAGAUGAAGAAGUAUAUCAAAUCUCUUCAGGGGAUGAUGACUGCUCAAAAGGAAUGAAAAAAUGGAUUACUGAGUAUCAUCAGAGUAGGCCGGGCUUGACUGUGUUGCAACAAAGAAUUGAUGACUUUAUCACUGCCCAUGAGGAACAACUUGAACAGGAAAGAAGAGAGAAAGAAGCCCGUCUUGCAGAAGGGGGAUGGACAGUGGUUGUGCAUCAUAAAGGAAGGAAAAAGACUACUGAUACUGAGAGUGGGAUCACUGUGGGCUCUGUUGCUCAGGCUGCAGUUGAAGAUAAGAUGACCAAGAAGAAGCACAAAGAACUUGGUGAUUUCUACCGUUUUCAGAAAAGAGAAGCCAAGAGAAAUGAACUCUUGAUGCUCCAGAGCAAAUUUGAACAGGAUAGAAAGCGUAUUCAGCAAUUGAGGGCUGCUAGGAAGUUCCGGCCUUAUUGAGGACUACUGAUAUACAACUUGGAAGUGGGCUGACUGCUUGUCAUUUGUAACUCACAUUUCUGUCUUGUAAAAUUUGUUUGAAAAUAGGAUUCUUUAGGAAAAUAAUUUUUUGAUAAUUCACGAGCAAAUUCUGCUACUUUUCUUCCUCUUCUUUUGGCCUUCACCCCUUAACCUUUUCUGCUAGUUAGAUUCCAACUUAAUAGGCUCACAGCACUCUAGAUUCUAAACACAUGCCUAUAUUAAUAUUAU